AUGGUGUUGUCAAUCUCUGGCCUUAAAGAUUGCUGUGUGCAAAAACAAAGAGAAUCUGGGAACGAAGAGGAAGCAUGCUAUUCCUCUUUUAAGGACUUGUCAUCCAACGGGUUUAGCGGGCACAUACCUAAAGAAAUUGGAAAUCUGGAGAAGCUUACGUAUUUAUCCCUCAUGAAUAACAACUUCACAGGUGUAAUUCCCCGAGAGAUUGGCAAACUGCAUGGUUUGAAGGUUCUCGUGUUGGGACGUAACAACUUGACAGGUACGAUUCCACAAAACCUGCAGGGGCUCAAUCUGGAAUGGAAUCAAAUCGCGGGAAGCAUUCCAAAAGAAAUCGGGAAUUUGACGAUACUUACUGAGCUCUACUUCGCCAACAACUCCUUGACAGUUGUCGCAGCCUUUGCAAUUGUCUUCAGAAGAUAUUGGAAGAAGUAUCAGGAUUCUAAAGGAACAAACAUGGUAUUAGUGCCAACGCAAGAAAGAGUUUCGUACUAUGAACUUCUUCGAGCAACUGAUGGGUACAGUGAAAGCAAUUUGCUUGGCAUUGGGAGUUUUGGAUCUGUUUACAAGGGGAUUCUCAAUGACGGAAGGUCUAUUGGUGUAAAGGUUUUCAAUUUGGAAUUGGAAGGAGUACUCAAGAGCUUUGAUGUAGAGUGCAAAGUCCUGAAGAACCUUCGCCAUCGAAAUCUUGUGAAGGUCAUCAGCGGUUGUUGGAACCAGGAUUUUAGGGCCUUGGUGCUUGAAUACAUGUGCAAUGGAAGCCUUGAGAAAUGGCUGUAUUCUGACAACUAUUUCUUAGAUACUCUACAGAGAUUGAAUAUAAUGAUAGAUGUGGCAAGUGCAGUGCAAUAUCUCCACGAAGAAUAUUCGACGCCUGUGAUUCACUGUGAUUUGAAGCCCAGUAAUGUCUUACUUGAUGAGGAUAUGGUUGCCCACGUCAGCGACUUUGGUAUUGCAAAAAUGCUGGAAAAGGAGGAAAGCUUUGCAUGGACCAAGACCUUGGCUACAAUUGGCUACAUUGCUCCAGAGUAUGGAUCUGCGGGAUUGAUAUCAGCAAAAUGCGAUGUUUAUAGCUAUGGAAUCAUGCUGAUGGAAGUGUUUUCUAGAAGAAAGCCUAAUGAUGAAUUGUUUGCUGGAAAUUUGAACUUGAAGAGUUGGAUAAAUGAUUCUCUACCUAAUUCGAUUCUUCAAGUCAUUGAUGCUAAGGUGUUGAAGCGUGAGGAUGAAAAUUUCACCGAGAAGUUGGAGGGUUUAUCAUCAAUCAUGGAAUUGGCCUUAAAAUGUGUUUGUGAAUCUCCAAGUGAGAGAAUUAGUAUGAAAGUUACGCUGGAGACACUGAAGAAGAUAAAACUCAAAUUUUUGCGGGUCAAUUAA